AUGCGCCGCACCACGAAGCUCAUGCGACGCCAGAGCGACGACACGGAAACGCCGCAGCAGGACGCACCCACGCCAGAACCCACGGCGCCGCAAGACGCGCCGCCGACGGCCGAGGAGCGCGUGGCCCUGGGCCGGUGCCUGCGGCUGCGCGACGCGGCCCUGGCGCAGAACACGCGGGUCCAGUUCCUCGUCGAGGCCGUCCGGAAGCUCGGCUGCGACCCGGGCCCGCUGGAAUCCUUCGUCCAGUGCGUGUCCGCGAGCCGCCAGUCGAUGGCCAUGGUCGGCGGCUUCGCCGCGCACGCGCCGGGCCAGCGCGACUACGCGCCGAAGAUCCUCAUGGUCGCCGAGCACGUGCCGAACCAGGCCAUCUUCGACCGCACGCUCUCCCACGAGCUCGUCCACGCCUACGACCAGUGCCGCGCGAACGUCGACUGGAACGACCGCCGGCACCACGCGUGCAGCGAGAUCCGCGCGGGCUCGCUCAGCGGCGAGUGCGACCUGAGCCAGGAGAUCAACCGCGGCCGCUUCGGCAUCACGAAGCACCACCAGGCCUGCGUCAAGCGCCGCUCCGCGCUCUCGCUCGCGCUCUCCGGCCAGGCCGACCCGGACGCCGCGGUCGCCGCGGUCUUCGACGCGUGCUACGCCGACACGGCGCCCUUCGACCGGCACCCGAACUAA